AUUGUUCCUGGAUCAUUACCAAAUAAUUUAACAAAUCUAAAACUUCAUUAUGAUUAUAAUUUUCCUUUCCUUAAAGGAAUAUUUCCUCAAUCACUUAAGAAUCUAGUCAUUGGAAACUAUAAAAAUGAGAUACAAGCAGAAAUAUUACCAUCAAAGCUCGAGAGUUUAACACUCCUUGGUUAUUACAAAUUUCCAAUCAAUAGUCGAACCUUUCCCAAUACUCUUAAAGAGUUAUCUAUUAGUUUACCCAGUGAAUCCAUUGAGAUUGAUUCAAUUCCUGAGACCCUCACUGAAUUAACCCUUGAUGAGUAUUCACAUCCAAUCACACCUGGCUUACUUCCAUCUUCAAUCACUUCUUUGGACCUAGGAAAUUAUCAUCUGAAACUCAUUCCUGGAGCAUUUCCUUCAUCUCUAGAAUCUUUUACUUUUUGUCCACAAUAUAACAUAGUAAUUCCACCAGGGUUAUUACCUACUUCACUUCAAUUAGUUAUCUUUGGAGAUAAAUUUAAUCAAGUAUUCCUACCAGAUAGUCUUCCAAACUCAAUAACAUUCAUUCAACUUGGUUAUAAUUAUCAACAAAAGAUUCCACCGGGAGUGUUACCGACCUCCCUUUCUACAAUGAGAGUAGAUUGUGUUUACCCACUUAAAAUGGAUGAUCCAGACUUAGUAUAUCCCAAAGGUUUGAGAAGAAUAAUCAUAAACUCUGAAGAAAACAUCACUUAUAUGAUACCCUCUACCAUUGAAUAUUUACGAAUUGGAUCACAGCACGCAACCUUUGACUAUCAGUUACCAGAUACUUUGACAGAACUAGUACUACCAGAUCAUUUCAAGACACCGUUAAUUGGAAGUAUGCUUCCAUCAUCACUCAAACGUUUGACACUUGGAAAGCCCUCCAAAGAAUUUACCGAGGACCUUUCACUCUCUGAGAAACUUACACAUUUGAAGAUAUACUCUUUGAAACAUUAUUUGAUAUUAGAGGAAGCAUAUGCAAGCAGUUUCCACCUUGUAGUUCAUAAGGAGAUACCUCUUGGGGUAAUCAUGGCUUUAACUCAAGCUAAAAGGCGUCUCAAAUCAUUGUCAAUCAAAGUUACCAUUCCUAAAUAUCACCAUAGAAGACCACUUAAUCUAAAAUCUUAUAUUGUUGAAUCAGUAGCUAUUGCAUUUCCCUUGGUUGAGAUUAUUAGAAUAGGAUUGGAAGUAGAUGAUGAUAAACAAAGUACUAUAUAUUUCAAAAUGGUUGAUCAAGUCAACGGUAUAGAAGUGAUUAGACAACAUCAAAAUAGAUAUCAAUUAUCAAAUGAUGAUAGACUUUCAUUCCAUUCAAUGAGAUUUGGAUACAACAAAGUU